UUUGGUCCUCGGCGGCCGCCGUCCUGGGGCGGAUCAGGAAGAAGGUUGCAGGUUUGGGGUCACGAAACCUAGUUCCGAGACUUGGCUGGAGAUGGAGUUCGACUGCGAGGGUCUGAGACGGCUGCUUAGCAAGUACAAAUUCAGAGAUCUAACUGUGGAAGAACUAAAGAAUGUCAAUACAUUUUACCCACAUUUCAGAUAUUCCGUGGACACCUAUGUUUUUAAAGAUAGUUCCCAGAAAGACCUGCUGAAUUUUACUGGCACUAUUCCCGUGAUGUAUCAAGGCAAUACAUAUAACAUACCAAUUCGUUUAUGGAUUUUGGAUUCUCACCCUUUUGCUCCACCCAUUUGCUUCUUGAAGCCAACUGCAAAUAUGGGAAUCUCUGUUGGAAAACAUGUGGAUGCUCAAGGCAGGAUAUACUUGCCCUAUCUCCAAAACUGGAGCCAUCCUAAAUCUGUCAUUGUUGGAUUAAUUAAAGAAAUGAUUGCCAAGUUUCAAGAAGAACUUCCCCUGUAUGCUCUGUCAUCGUCUGAUGAGGCACGGCAGGUAGACUUGCUAGCCUAUAUUGCAAAAAUCACUGAAGGUGUCUCAGACAUAAAUUCAAGGAGCUGGGCAAAUCAUGAGACUAAAACAGUUAAUAAAAUUACCGUGGUUGGAGGUGGAGAGUUGGGCAUUGCAUGCACAUUAGCAAUUUUAGCAAAGAACAUUGUGGACAGGCUGGUCCUCUUAGACCUCUCAGAAGGGACUAAAGGAGGGACGAUGGACCUUGACAUCUUCAGCCUACCUAAUGUGGAGAUCAGCAAAGUGGAAAUCAUGACCUAUGUGACGUGGAAACUGAGUGCAUUUCCUGAAAGUCGAGUAAUUGGAAUUGGAUGUAAUCUGGAUUCGCAGAGAUUACAAUAUAUUAUUGCAAAUGUUUUGAAAGCACAGACUUCAGGAAAAGAAGUCUGGGUUAUCGGUGAGCAAGGAGAAGACAAAGUGCCCACAUGGGGUGUCCAAGAAGAAGCAACGAGUCAUAACUCUAAGGUGCAGCUGUCCAACAGAGCCAUGGAACUGUUAAGGGUAAAAGGUCAAAGAUCCUGGUCUGUGGGACUAUCGGUAGCUGAUCUGGUUGAUAGUAUUGUGAACAAUAAAAGGAAAGUGCAUUCUGUGUCAAUUUUAGCAAAGGGACAUUAUGAUAUAAAUAGUGAAGUGUUUUUAAGUUUGCCUUGUAUCCUUGGAACCAGUGGGGUAUCUGAAGUCAUCAAAACCACAGUGAAAGAAGAUACAGUGAUGGAGAAACUCCAGGGCAGUGCAUCAUCAAUCCAUGGUGUCCAGCAGCAGUUAAAACUUUGAUCCAAAAGUGCAGAGUUGCCUAAAAGGAAAGGUCAUCUUAUUUUGCCAACAAAUACAGGGUCGAGAACUUCUGUAUCCUAUUACUUAUUCUUAAAAACUGCUUGGUUAAGGUAGAUGGCUUCUUGGUCAGCUUUGUAAUUUGAAUCCUUAGAGUUAGAAAUGGGGAUUUUAAAAAAUCUAAUAUUCUUUGGUGUUCUCAAGAUCGGUACACCAUUCCUGAAACCUACAGCAGUGAUACACAUUCACCGGCAGUGUGCGUCAUUUUAAAGUGUGCACCCUAAACUGGAAGCACAUUCAGCACAUUGGGAAUACUUUGAAAGUGAUACAUUUUUAAAAUAAAAUUAUUCUUUGGCUUUUAUAAUAAAAACACUAAUAGCUAAAGGCCCAAUAUGGAUUUAUAAAGUUCAUGCUGAGUACACAUUCAAAGGAUCCAUAGCUUAAGGUCAGAUGUGAAUGUUUCUUCUGCAAAACGUAGUUGGUAUUAAUGGUAAAGCAUUUUAUUUCCUUCUUCAAAUUAAUUAGCUACCAAAAAUGGAAAAGAAUUUUACGUGCACUUUAGUGAAAGUGAAAUUUCUGAAUAUCUAAAGACAAAGUAUACUUAAAUUUCCAGUGAAACUGUCCUUUCUGAAAUUUUCUAUAACCUCUUCCUGGGCUGUGUAAGAUUUCCAACAUUUCAUAAACUAACUGAUGUUAUUAGAAUGGUAGAAAAAUGUGUUUUUAAUAGAAAUAGAUUAUAAAUGAAAGCCAAGCAGUUUAAAGCCAAAAAUAUGAGGUAUUCAUAAACACGGUAGAUCUUAUGGGGGAAAGGUUGAAUGGACUGAUGGUUCUGAACAAAUCCUUUAAUCGUUAAUUCCUGAAGAAAUGGUUUAGAGUACAUACCCUUCAGUGAUGGGUCAACAGCAAUAUCAUCAUAAGUGAAAGAUAGCAUAUUAUUACUAUUAUAACAGGCAACUAAUAGUAACAGCUAACAUCAACACUUCUUACAUAUCUGGCACUGUCAUGAGCACUUUAUUAUUUUAUUGAGUCCUUAAUAACCCAAUGAGGUGUAGUGUUUGUUGUCAUCCUCAUUUUAUAGAGGAGGAAACUGAAGUUUAAGUGCCCAAGAUCUCAUGGCUAUUAAGUGGCACUUAUCCAUACAACCUGUACUUUUUCUAGGCACUAGAGGAGGGAAAAGGCCUAACAGCCUGAAUAGUUAUCACAGGACAGUAAAGCUGGGGUUCUGUAUACUCUGGAAGAAUUGCUUUCCUUCUCAUAUAGGGGAUUACUUUUCUUUUUUAACAUAGUUUUUUGAAAGAUUGAUUCCCUGGCUUCCCAGACUUGGGAAAUUAUCAGAGGGUUAUACACUAAGGUAGGCAUUUAUUUAUUUAGUCAUUCAUCAGGCACCACAGUAGGCACUACAGACCCAAUGGUGAGUAAAACUGGCCGAGGUAUAAGACCUCAUGGCCCUUACAUUCUAGUAUGGGAAACAUAGUAAUCAAAUAAUAGCACAAAUAAAUGUACAACUGCAAAUGUAGUAAGUACUGUGAAGAAGUCCAGCAUGCUUUGAAAGCAUAUAGUAGGGAAAUCCCAAAAGUGGUCAGGGAGACAGAAGCCAGAUGGUUUAUAAGGGCAAACACAUCCUAGGUGGAGGGGAAACAAACCAAUGUUGGUUCGUGUAAUAAUGGAUGUUUACAAUGAUAAGCUUAAAUCAUAAAAGCAUAUAUCCAGUAUCAUGUGUUUAAGAAUGUGGAGAAGUAUUUAAUAUACUUGGGAAGAUUUCUACCAAAAAUGACUAGGAUAAAAAUCUUGUACAUUUGAAGAGAGAAGGAUUAGUUAUGUGUAAUUUCACUACACAGGUAGAUCUUUCUGGUGUGACUCUAACAAUGUAUCCUUAUUGUCCUUUUGUAUGUAAUAGGAGAGUGAAACUGAAACAACCAUUUCUUUUUUAACCUAACUGCAACAUACUGUAUAAUAGAUGAAUUACCAAGAAUUCACUAAAGUAACUAAAGUAAUUAUAAAAGGAACACAUCAAUAGAACAAAUACUUACUGAGCACCUUCUGUUGUUCCAAGUACUGUGUCAGAAUUUGAGUAUCCAGAGGUGAGUAAUAUAGUCUUUGCCCUCUGGAAGCCCACAAUAUGGAAUUCUCUGUAUCAGAUUAUUUCCUUGAGUUAAGGUUAAGCAUAAGCAAACAUGUUGUAAGUCCUCUAAGUCAAGAAACAGUACUACCGCAACCACUACUCCACUACGAUUUGGUGAGAAUAUGGCAUUCGUGAUGCGUCUAUUAAUUUUAAUUUCUUCAUCUUUCCAGAAUCAUGUAGUGCCUCCUCUUAUGAUUUUUUUAGUGCUUCUUUGAUAUUGUAGCAAAAAUCUGUUAUGUUCCUAUUUACAUUGUAAAUAAUAGUUUUCCCCAAAUUUGGAAAAUAAUGAGUAAAAUAAACUUUGGCUUUAAAAUCACCUGAUGAUGCCUGAUUUAUUAAGUGGACAGAAAUUUGUUCAGUUUGAGGAGAGGUUCUUUCAUAUAAUACACACCGAAAAAAACAAGCCCACUGCCGUUGAGUUGAUUCCGACACAUGGUGACCCUAUAGGACAGAGUAGAACUGCCCCUAUAGGGUUUCCGAGGCUGUAGAUCUUUGUGGAAGCAGACUGCCACAUCUUUCUCCUCCAGAGCGGCUGAUGAUUUCGAACUGCCAACUUUUUGGUUAUCAGCCGAGUGCUUUAACCACUAUGCCACCAGUACUUAGGAUAUUUUCAGUGGCUGCAGCGCAAACGAGACUGGAUUUUAUCAGUUUUUUUUUAAUUAAACUAUUUUUAGUAAAAAAAAAAACCUUUCAAGCUUUUUAAACCUGAAAUCUUCACACCCCUCCCCAAUUUUUAAAAGCUGUAAUUGAAAGUACUCCUGAGGAAGCUGUGGCUUUAAGAACAGUUUGAAAACAACAUUGCUUUUAAGUGACAAAACAGUAGAAGCAAUGGAAGAACAUAAAUAUUCACCUAUAGUUUGACUCAAGCUGUAUGUUUCACAUGUGUCCAUAUCCAAAAAUGAUGAUACCUUUUGGGAUAGUUUUAUUUUUGUGUGUGUUGGCAAUAAUUUAUGAUGCUGCUUUCACAUGCUUUCAAUUAGGCCAACUUAGAAGGGAAUCAACACCACAGCCUUGUCCUCAUAAACUAUCUAAAAUCAUCCAAACUACACUUCACAUCAUAAAACCCAAUCUUUACCGUAAGUGACAAUGUGCUUAUAAAACUGACAGUGAUGUGAAAUAACAAUGACUAAAACGUGACCUGUUGCCGUGCAGACAAUUACAACUCACAGCUACCUGGUGGCAUAGUGGUUAAGUUAUGGCUGCUAACCAAAAGGCGGUUCAAAUCCAGCAGGCACUCCCUGGAAACUCUAUGGGGGCAGUUCUACUCUGUCCUAUAGGGUCACUAUGAGUCAGAAUCAACGGCAACAGGUUUUUUAAUAUGUGACCCUGAAGAACUUCCAUGGGUAGUAGAAAUUCAAUUAAGAACAAGUUCCUAUUCUUGUACUACACAAGGCAAUGAGGAUAUGAAGAUCACCCUGGUCUUAAGGACUUGGACUUAGGCUAGUAAACAAAUAUGUUAUUAAUUGCUCUAGUCAGCCCUGCUUAUGUUUAAUAGAGCCAAAUGUUGCCUAAUCCUGUCUUAAUCAUUGGUAUGUUUGAGUUCAUUGUUGUGGCUAUUAAUGUCAGUCCACUGCAUUGAGGGUUUCCUUUGUUUUCGAUGGCCCUCUACCAACCGUGAUGGCCUUUUCUUGCAAUUGGUCUUUCCUGGUGACAUGUCUAAAGUAAUUGAGUCAAAGUCUUGCCAUCCUUGCUUCUAAGGAACACUCUGGUUGUAAAUAAUUAAGUGCGAGGUAAGAUGCAAUCUGUACUAUCACUUAAUGCCUGGGCUUAAGUUCUGACUUAAAGGAAAGGUUUCCUAGAGGAGAAAAACUUACUGUGUGGACUCCUGUGAAACCAAAGCUCUGCACCUUGCCCUUGUGAACGUAGCACGAAGAGCUUUCAAGCUUAAAAAAAUAUCUUUAAAUCCCCGAUAUAUCAGAAACUCCAGGUAUCCUCUAAUGAAAGCCUCUCAUUUUAGAGUUGGGGGGGGAGGGAGGAAGCCCGCGCUCUAAGUGCCCUUGACUACUCCUAUCAUAAGGUUAGUCAGUGGCCAAACAGUUCUCUGACUUGCAGUGCAGUGCCCUCCCACUUGAUGAGUCAGUCACUAGGCUCAUACUUCUUCCCCUCCCUAGACCUGUCUCCUUAGUCUAAGGGCGACUGUCAAUCUUAUGCAGGCCCAGACUUAGGCCUUUGGAACAGGCUUGCCCUCACCACUAGGACUGUUCCUGUCUUGCCAUGUCUGCCCUACGAGGGACAGCGUUGAUGAGACCCCACCCCACCGUAAGCGUCAGU